CCGUACAAAGUCAACACAUAGACCAAAUUUGGCCCAGCCGUAGUUUGCCAUCCUCUGCUCUAGGAGAUCUUUUAGUGAGGGUUUGCUGAUGCUUAAGUCUUGGUUUUUGUUUUUCUGAAAAUAUAUUUAAUACGACUUCAUUCUUGAAAAACAGUAUGGUUGUGUGUAUAGCCCUAAACUUUUUUCUGUCAUUGUUUUGAAGAUCUUGUUCCACUAUCUUCAUGAAUUUGUUGUUUCAAAAAAACUAUGUGCCAAGAAGUCUAUGGUUCUAAUUCUUUUAUAGGAAAUCUCUUAUAUGGGAAACCCGUCUUUUCUUUCUGGUUGCUGUUCUAAAAGCCCCAUCCUCCUCCUGCUUUCUUUUCCCUCCCUCCCCCCCCGCUCCCUCCCUCAGUCUGUGUGUACACAUACACACAAAUUUAUAUCAUGAGAGUUUGUGUGUGUAUUCUGAAGUUGCACUAUGUUGUAUCUGCCUGCGGAUUUUAUUUAAGCUGUCUGGGACAUACUGUUCUAUCUAUAUAUAUGUAUUGGUGCCUGUCAUCAAGUAUGGAGGAUCCUUUGUUAUUAUCUCUUCAUCUUCAAAUAUUGCCUCUUCGCUCAUUCCCUCUAUUUACUCCUCUACAACCCAAAUGAGAUAUAUAGUGGAACUUCUCACUGAAUCCCUUUUAACUUUUUUUUUGUCUUCUCUUUUCUGCAUUCUGAGUAAUUUUUUCAAGUCUGUAUUCCAGUUGCUGUAAGCAUUUUUUUUUCUUAUGAUAUUUUCAUCUAAAUGUUUUAUUUGUUUCUUUUUAAAAGUUGCCUUAUCAUUCUUGGUAAUUUCUUGUUGCUUACUCAUACUUGUGUUUGUGGUUCUUUGUUUUCACAUGUUUGAGUACAUUUGUAUAAGAUCAUAUUUGAUUGAACUAUAUCUGUGGUAACUUUUUGAGACCUGGGUAGAGGUAGUUCAUCCAAAGAGAAUUUGCCUUUGUCUGUCAGGUGCUCUGGGCCACUACCAACAUAUGACCAUUUUGAAAUCAGUUGUCAUUUUCUGGAGCACAUAACUAAUGUGAAUUCAAGCUACAGACUCAUAUUACAGCCAGCUAAUGGUAGAGAUUUCUCAUAAGUGGCUUUUCUCUCUUAGCCUUCACCCAUGGUAAAUAUUUUGCAUGGCACUUUUGGUUUGGGGUUUUUUUUCCUACUUCCCCUUUAAAGGACCUGGAUCUUUGCAGAAGUCUCCAAUCAUCCUUCCUUGUGCAGGCACUAAACUUUAUCUUUUUUUCCUGCAAACUGAACCUGUUAGUUUUUGGAUGUGGACAGAAGUACUUAAGAUAGCUGCGUUACAUUAUUUUUACAAUGGGAAGGUUUUUCAGGAGGAAGAAGCAGACGUUGAAGGAAUUCAGUAUAAAACACUACGAACAUUUCAGCAUGGAGUCAGGGUUGAUGGCAUAGCGUGGAGCCCAGAAACUAGACUUGAUUCAUUGCCUCCAGUAAUCAAAUUUUGUACUUCAGCUGCUGAUAUGAAAAUAAGAUUAUUUACUUCAGAUCUUCAAGAUAAAAAUGAGUAUAAGGUUUUAGAGGGCCAUUCAGAUUUCAUUAAUGGUUUGGUGUUUGAUCCCAAAGAAGGCCAAGAAAUUGCAAGUGUGAGUGAUGAUCAUACCUGCAGGAUUUGGAACUUGGAAGGAAUGCAGACAGCUCAUUUUGUUCUUCAUUCCCCUGGAAUGAGUGUGUGCUGGCAUCCUGAGGAAAGUUUUAAGCUGAUGGUUGCAGAGAAGAAUGGAACAAUCCGGUUUUAUGAUCUUUUGACUCAACAGGCUAUUUUAUCUCUUGAAUCAGAACAGAUGCCAUUAAUGUCAGCCCAUUGGUGCUUAAAAAAUACCUUCAAAGUUGGAGCUGUUGCAGGAAAUGAUUGGUUAAUUUGGGAUAUUACUCGAUCCAGUUAUCCUCAAGAUAAGAGACCUGUCCACAUGGAUCAAGCCUGCUUAUUCAGGUGGUCCACAAUUAAUGAGAACUUGUUUGCAACCACUGGUUAUCCUGGCAAAAUUGCAAGCCAGUUUCAAAUUCAUCAUUUAGGACACCCUCAGCCUGUCCUCAUUGGUUCUGUAGCCGUCGGAUCUGGCCUUUCCUGGCAUAGAACUCUCCCACUGUGUGCAAUUGGAGGAGACCACAAGCUGUUGUUUUGGGUGACUGAAAUGUAAAACAAAUUUUCUGUGUACCUUAGAUCCAUAAACUUUGUAUUUUUAAUACAUAUUUUGGAGAAUUUCUUAUUUUUGUAUCAAAUACACUGUAAACUCUAGAAGUGUCCCAAUUGUUGUUUCUGUUAAAUAAAAUAUUAAUGGUUUGAAAAGUCA